GUUUGAAAUUUAUUAAAAAUAAGUAGCAAAUAUUAGUAGACCCUAUUUAAGAUUUUCAACAGCAAUUAAAUUCAUGUUUUAAAAGACUAGGGCCAAUAAAAGCGCACUUCACCCAUGUAAUUAAUUUAUAGUAGAUAAAUUUAUAUAGCUCGAAAGAUAAUAAUAAAUGAGAAGAGCCACAAAUAUGAAUUUUACUUAUUCAAAAAUAAUUAAAUCUCUUUAAAAAUAUCCUUUACCAAUACUAUCAAGAUAAUAAGCUCUGCAGUUAGAAAAUGUUGGAGAAAAAAUGGCUAAUUUGAUUUAUAGCUUGAUUAAAUCUCAUUAUAAAGAUUAUUUAAAGAAUCCUAAUCAGGAUUUUGAAGAUGCAGUGUGUUCAGAUUCAGACGAAGAGAAAAAGUAAACUGAGAAUAAUAAUAGUAAUAGACAUAAUGCAAAUUCUAAAUCCAAUUCAGAAUGCUCUUCAAAAAAUUCUACUAACUUAUUUUAAAAACCAACUAAUUCCUUUAAUUCUAAACUUUUGAAUAGAGAGUACAAUAAAGAUAAGGAUUUUGAGGAAGAUAUUCCUAAAGACUUUAAUGGUAUAAAAAAUACGAUAAAAAAUUCUAAAAAAUAAAAACCUUCAGCUGAAGAAGAAGAACUCAGUAAAAAUAAAGGAACACAAAAAAUUAUUUCUUUAUUGAGUGAUUCAGAAUAAUAAGAGUGUAAAAUUAAUAAAGACAACACUUUGUAUAAUAUCCUCAGUUAAUAUGUAAAGCCAGAAACGAAAAGCGAUUUAUAGAAUAAACUAGACAAUAAAUAAAAGGAAGACAAUCUAAUUGAAAAUCUUAAAAAUAAAUAUGAAAAUAGCCCUAUAAAACUAAAAAGCUUGGAAACAAAUGAAUAAAAAAAUAAUUUAAAUGUUAGCAAAAAUUAAGAAAACAAAAAUGAAGAUGGCCUUAACAUUAAUGAGAUGGAAUUAAAUUUUAAUGAAAAAGAAGAAGAAGAAGAAAAUAAUGAUAAUUAGUAAUUUAAUAAAUUUAAAAAAAUAUUUGAUGAAAAAUAAGAUUAUGAAGAUGACGCUUUUAAAUUUUAAAAUGAUAUUCUAAAUAGCUUCAAGCUUAAUAGUAAAAAUAAAUUGUAAAGGUAAUAAACUAAUUCAAGUAAUGGAGGUAUGAAAAAAAUAUAAAUUGAUUCAGAUUAAGAAUCAACAUUACCUUAGAAUAAAGAAUCAUCCUCUUCUUCUAAGAAGUCUUCAGUAAAACCUUAAAACGGAAAUAUUUCAUUUCUUAGUGAAGAAGAAGAUCUUAAAGUAAUAUAAACAUUAUAGGAUUCAUAAAACAAGAAGAAAAGAAAAUUUAACCCAAAAGAAUACACAAACAAUUGGGCUAUACUGAUAUGUCUUUAUUGCUUAAAAGAAGAAUUUAAAAAGAACUCUGCAUCUAUCAAAGAUAUAAAACAAAAAGCUAAAUCAAUAUCAGAAGAAAUCGAUCACUAAUUUUAAAUUAAAAAUUUCAACCAAACAGACUCUCUUCUCAACAAUGAUCUAAUUAUUGUAUAACUAGUUUAAGGUGAAAAAAUAUUAUCUUUAACAAGCACUGGUAUUGAAUUAUCAUAGAGUUUAUAUCACAAGCUUGUUGCUAAAUCAUUAGCAGGAAUUUAAGAAAACUCCUAAGAAAAUGCAAAUAGUUAAUAAAAAUAAUAUGAUUUAAACUAAAGUUAAAAUUAAUCAAUAAUGGAAGUAGAAGAUUAAUAUGUAGAGUAAUAUGAAAUUAAGAAAAUAGAAUCUUAAUAACCAAAGAAGAUAGAAUAAUAUGAAAAAAUGAAACUAGAAUAAUAUGAAACAAAGAAAAGAGAAAAAUAUGAUACAGAGGAAAUAGAUAAAAAACUAAAUAAUUAAAACUCAAGAUUAUAAAAUGAAUUUGAUGAUUACAUGGAUAAACUUGAUUGUGAUAGCAAUUUUAAUAACAUUUUAGAUUUUUUAGAAAAAUCUGAACAGCCUAUUAAUUAUUCAAGAUCAAAAACAGCUUUUUUAUCUUCUAAUCCUGAAUCACUAAGUUCUAAGAUGGGUAGUAUUUACAAUCCUCAAAAUAAUAAAAUAAAAUUUGAAAAAUUUGAAGAGAAUUUUUCUGAUAGGAAUUCAGACUACGAUGAAAGAAUAAAAGAGUUGGAUCAAUUUAAUUCUUAAUUUCCCUUACCGGUAUAAAACUCUAAAAAAAAUAAAGGUACAAAGAAAGAAAAAAAAGUUAUUGAGCCUUUAUAGUAAAGAAAUAUUUUCAAAGAAUAGAAAAUAAAAUAACUUUAAGAAAUUGAAGAUGAUGAUAUUGAAAAUGAAGCUAUAAACAAUUCUCUUCCAUUUUCUAGUAAUCGCUCUAUCCCUAAUUAAUUAUCUCUUGGAAUAAAAUAAUCAAAUGUUAGUUAAAAAAUUGUAGAAAAAAUAUCUCUUAAUAAAAUAGCUAAGGGAAUGAUUAAGGAGUAUGAAGUUUAUUUGAUUAUUGAUAUAAGAGAAAGAACAGAUAAAAACGAAAGAGAUUUAGCUAUCAAAUAAAAAUUAGAGGAAAAUGGUGUCUGCUGUAAAAUAGAAAAUAUAUAUUUAGGUGAUUUUUUAUGGGUUGUUGAUAUAACAACUAUCGAUAACGUGACAGAAACUUAUGUAUUAGACUAUGUAGUGGAAAGGAAAACAGGUGAUGAUUUUGCUUCAAGUAUUUAAGAUCACAGAUAUAAGGAGUAGAAAUAUAGAUAUAAGAAAAGUGGGUUGAAGCAUUGUUACUAUCUAGUUGAAGGAGAUAUUAAGAACACUAAGCAUUUAUCAGUGUCAUAAAGUGCUAUUGAAACGGCAAUAAUGACUACUUAAAUGAUUGAUAAGUUUAAAGUGCAGAGAACUAAAUCUUUCCAAGAAAGUAUGAUAUGGAUCAGUUGUUUGCAUAAAAAUAUACUAAAACAUUUCAACGAAUACAUAUCAAGCAUAAACGAUGAUCAUAUUUUAAAUUUUUAGUAUACAAUGUCAGAAUAUCAAAAAAAUAAUAAAAAAAAUGGUAAUUUAACUCUUAAAGAAUAGUUUGGACAUUUUUUAAGAUCUAUUAAUGGAUGUGGAGCUUAACAAGUUUAAGUUCUUACAGAAAUCUUUUAGACCCCAAUAAAUCUAAUAUCAAAUUUAGGAAGUUAAAGAAAUUUACAAGAAAGAAUAGAGUUAAUAAUAGAUUAAACAAAAUAUAAUAAGAAUUAGCUAAAAGCAUAAGGUAUGGAUGCAAGGGUUAUUUCCAAAUCUUUAGCUACUUCAAUAGCAAUUUUAUUUGGUGAAGACAAGUAUCCUAAAGAAAAAUUAGAAGAUGGUGCUUGAUUAGUCAAUCAGUCAGUCAAAUCAAUUUAAUUAAAAAAUAUCAAAUUUAUUAAUUAAAAUCAUUAAAUUAAUUAUAAUAAUAAAAUAGUGUGUAUUAAUUUUAAAAAUGUGUCUCUAAAUUUUAAUGGAUGCUUAACUUCCUUUAAACUUUUUUUUAUGUAUAAAAUUUUCUUAGAUUUAGAGGUUGGUUGUAGUAAAAUAAAUCAAUAAAACUAGCUCAACUAAUUAUUUUAUUUAAAUACUACUAAUUAAUAUAAUAUAAUUUUUUAAUUGCAUUCAGAAAUGUUAAAUUGUUUGUUAAUGUAAGUUAAUAUAUAUUCCU